AACACAUUCAUACACUUCGGAACCUACGGGGUACAGAAGCGCAGGGAAUUUCUUGAUGCUGCGAUCUCGCCUCUUCUCCGAGAGUCUGCCGCCAGCAGGACCCCUCUUCCUCCGCUUCUUUCUCUGAAAUGUGUUUGCGCGUGAAAGACAGCGGAAGCAGAAGUGUGUGUGCGCGUGAAGGCGAAUGUGUGGGGGCAGAAAAGAAACAAGGAAUCCAGUUCAGUGCAAACGAAACGUGUGGACAUAGUUCUUUGGCGAAAAAGCAGGAACCCGGGAGUGUUUGAGUGAAUUUUCAAAGGAAUAUCGAAUUUAAUAUCAGCACCAAAAGAAAAGGAGAAUUGGUUUUCAGCUUGUCAGUCCUCGAAGAGAAGUUCUUACUCCAACGCGACACAGGAUACAUUGAUCACUGUAUUUAAUAUCAUACGGCGAUGAAUUGGUUGGAAUUCCGCGAGCGGCGAUAGAGAACACUGUCGGCGGAGUCAAAUAAGUGGAUCAGUCUCUCUGUUCGCGAGCGCAGAGAAUCCAUUUUAGAACUUUGAAACCGGCGAGAGACAUGCUAGGAAGAAACGCUCGGAGCUGAAUUGUAUCCCCUCCACCGCCGUCGCAAGCAUCAAUACAUCUGGAAUACUUGUGGCGAAGUGGAUGAGCUUCCUGAUGAGAGAUCCAGUUAUUCCGGGAACAAGUAUGGCAUACCACCCGUUUUUACCUCACCGGGGUACGGACUUUGCCAUGAGCGCAAUGCUGGGUCACCAGUCCCCAUUUUUCCCGGCCCUGGCGCUCCCUCCGAACGGGUCCCUUUCCCUCCCGGGAGCGCUGGGCAAACCCAUCAUGGACCAGCUAAUGGGCGCCGCUGAAAGCAGCCUCCACUUCUCGCUGGGGCACCCGGCUGCCGCAGCCCACCUCAGGCCACUGAAAUCGCUGGAGCCAGAGGAGGAGGUUGAGGAUGACCCCAAAGUUCACCUGGAAGCGAAGGAACUAUGGGAACAGUUCCACAAACGCGGCACCGAAAUGGUUAUUACAAAAUCAGGAAGGCGGAUGUUUCCCCCAUUUAAAGUGAGGUGUACCGGCUUGGACAGGAAGGCCAAGUACAUUUUAUUGAUGGAUAUCGUUGCGGCCGACGACUGCAGGUAUAAAUUUCAUAACUCGCGGUGGAUGGUGGCGGGAAAAGCAGACCCCGAAAUGCCGAAGAGGAUGUACAUUCACCCGGACAGCCCGGCCACCGGCGAGCAGUGGAUGUCCAAAGUUGUCAAUUUUCACAAACUUAAAUUGACAAAUAACAUCUCCGACAAGCAUGGAUUUACGAUUCUGAACUCCAUGCACAAAUACCAGCCAAGGUUUCACAUCGUCAGGGCCAACGAUAUUCUCAAACUUCCCUACAGUACAUUCAGGACCUACGUUUUUCCAGAAACGGACUUCAUUGCCGUAACAGCAUACCAAAACGACAAGAUCACGCAGCUGAAAAUCGACCACAAUCCUUUCGCUAAGGGGUUCCGCGAUACAGGCAAUGGGAGGAGAGAAAAGAGGAAACAGUUGGCCCUGCAGUCCAUCAGAUCUUACGAGGAGCACCAGCGGAAAGAGAACGGGACGUCCGAUGACUCCGCGGGCGAGCAGGCCCCUUUCAAGCGCUUCGGCCGGACCCCGUCACCCGCGGCGACCACCGCGGGCCCGCCCAACCUGAAAGACUUCUGCGAGAGCGAGGAAGACAGCGACGACGAGAGCAAGGACGGGAACCCGCAGGACCCGCAGGACCCGGGCGGGAUCUCCACCACCACCGCCGCCGCCGAUCCCGCCAGGGAGCGCCUGUCCUCCUCCUCCGGCGGCGGCGGCAGCGGUCCGCGGCGGGCGCGCGAGGACCCUCCGCCCGCGCCGGGCAGCCCGGCGGACCCCCGGCGGAGCCCGCUCACCCUCAUCUCCAGCACCACCCGGGCCGGGGAGGACCCCCGAAGCCCCGCCCCGCCCGGGCCGCCCAAGGCGGCGGCGGCGGAGGAGGAGGAGGACUACCCGCCGCUGGGCGUCGGCGGGGACGGCGGCGCGCAUAGCCUGCAUAACUUCGGCUUCCCGCCGGGCCUGGCGGGGCAGCAGUUUUUCGGGGGGCACCUGGGCGGGGCGCACCCCUUCCUCCUGCACCCCGGCCAGUUCGGCGUGGGCGCCGCCUUCCCCGGCAUGGCGGGCAUGGGGCCCCUGCUCGCCGCCGUCUCGUCCGGCGGCAUGGGCGCCAUGGACGCCGUCGGCAUGGUGACUCCCCACCCUCAGGGCCUGGGGGGGGGCCCGGGGCUGCCCUUUCACCUGCAGCAGCACAUGCUGGCGUCUCAGGGCCUAGCGAUGUCCCCAUUCGGAAGCCUUUUCCCGUAUCCGUACACAUACAUGGCGGCUGCUGCCGCCGCUUCGUCUGUGGCCUCGUCCUCGGUUCACCGGCACCCGUUUCUGAACGCGAUGCGCCCUCGGCUAAGGUACAGCCCCUACACCGUCCCCAUGAACGUGCCGGACAGCACCCUGCUUACGACAGCCAGCCCCUCUCUGGCCGGCAGCGCCAUCGAGCUGAAAGGGAACGCCAUGGCAACGAGUCCGACUCUGGACUCCACCUCAGAGGUCAACAGCAGGUCUUCGACCAUGUCCUCGCGCUCCCUGUCCCUGUCACCAAAAACGUGCCAGGAAAAGGAUCCGACCAGCGAACUGCAAAGCAUUCAACGCCUGGUCAGCGGACUGGAUACAAAACACGACAGGCCCCGAAGCCUGUCGCCUUAAACCACUGCAGUGAUGGAUUAACAACAAAAUAAUUUUUAACAAUACCGAUCAACGUUUCUAUUGAAUGCGGGUUUGAACUGCAGAACCGACGGAAUCAUUGGACUUUUGAAAUGCACUUUGUUUGAAUAAAGAAUUGAUGUGUAUAUUUGUUUUGUUUUAAUCCAGAAACGAGUUUUGAACUUUCCCCGUAUACCAUACAAGUAUUGAAACUGAAAGUUUGGAAAGGUCGGUUAGUUGCUGCUAUGCCCCAUAUAUUUUUUCUAAGUCGAUUUGCGAGGGUAACGAAAAGGAUUUAGUUUAAUACUCCGAAUUGGUUCUGAGGAUUUGUAUACAUAUCCGUUGAUCUUAUAAAGUAUGCUGUAUGUGACGCAGGCCUACUAUAUAAAGCGCUAUACGAGGCCUGUGGUUGUUUUCGGCGCGAUGGAAAUGAGUUUGCAUGACCCACACUUGGUUAAAAUAUCUAGUUUGCGACUGCCAGAAGCCUAUUGUAUUUUUAAAAAGACCAAAAUAUGACAAAUAAAAUAUUAAAUAAAGUAUGCGUUGGCACCAUUUAAAAAUAUUUCUAGGACGUUAUCAUAUUUUCCUUUCCCCCCACACGUUUAUGAUUGAAUUCAUUGUACCUGUAAAUUGGAAAAGGGAAUUUGAAAGGAAAAACAACAAAAAUUGAAACGUGGACUAUUAAUGUAAAUAUCUAUAUAUUGAAAGUAUUUAUGUAAUUAUUUGAUAUUACGUGUAAAUAUAAUGGAUUUGAUGUUUCGGAGUUUCUUUAAUUUAUUGUUGAUAUACCUGUUUUAAAAUAGUUUGUGAACUGGUUUGUUUUUGUUAUCGUUUUUUUUCUGAAUACGGAGUUACUUGUCUUGUCUCAAACUCUCCUACAUUUCUCUUAUCUUGUAAAGUUAAUUUCUGUUUUCUUAGACACAAUCAUGUGCCAUUGUGGCUUUCGGCGUUGUCUAUUGGUUAAAAUGCUACUAUUCAGUUUAAUUAAAAUGACACUAUGGUGCGCAAUGGCUUGAAAAGUGAUUACGUUUUUUCUUAUUUAAACGUUUUUUUUAUUCGUGUCAAAAUGAACCACUUUCUCAACAUAUAUUGCCGUUUGAAUGUGAAAGUGGCGAAUCUUAAAACAUGAAGGUUUAAUUCGUGUGUGUGAAAGUUGUCCACGGGUGCUGAAGUAGCCUAUUUUCAGUUUUUCGUUUUAUUUUUUUUUUUCUUUUCUUUAGUUAAUAACAUCAGUGAUGUUAAUUGAACGUUUCAAUAAAAAAUAUUGAAGUCUUAUCUGUU